CUUUCUCAAGCGAGCAAACCAUUUAAACGCUUAUUUUUUAGAUAGGUUUUUUUAAAGCAAGUCCUUAUUUACGAACUACAACAGUUUGACUGGAGUAAAUGGAUUAUAUUACGACUAACCCAAUAUCUAAUAUCGAAUUCGUUUAUCUUUAACUGUGUACAAUUGUUUAUUUUUUUUUCUCUAAAUUAUUUAGUUGUAAAAGUAAAGUAAAGUUGUCAAAAAAUUAGCUUUAAAACUUUAUUAGGGUUUUCUUGUGCAAUAUCGAAGAUUUCUCGUAACAGAAACUGAAAAACCGAUGACGGAAAUUCACAGUUUUGGCGUAGAUCCAAUAACCUGCCAUGCUUGGAACAAUGACAGGACACAAAUUGCUCUCUCGCCUAAUAACAAUGAAGUGCACAUCUAUAAAAGAGAAGGGGAUAAUUGGUCAUGUAAAAAUGUUUUGACACAGCAUGAUUUGCGUGUGACAAGCAUUGACUGGGCGCCUAACACUAAUCGAAUUGUCACAUGUUCAGCAGAUCGCAACGCAUAUGUCUGGACAAAAGCUAAUGAUAAAUGGAAACCUACUCUAGUUUUACUUCGAAUAAACCGAGCUGCAACUUGUGUUAGGUGGUCACCUAAUGAGACUAAGUUUGCCGUUGGCUGUGGAGCAAGAUUGAUAUCUGUGUGUUUUUUUGAAGAAGAAAAUGAUUGGUGGUUGAGUAAACAUAUAAAGAAGCCUAUAAAAUCUACUGUUACUAGCCUUGACUGGCAUCCUAAUAACGUUUUACUCGCUUGCGGAUCUACAGAUUUUAAAACUAGGGUUUUUUCUGCAUAUGUUAAAGAGAUUGAUAGUAAACCGGAACCAACUGUUUGGGGUUUCAAAAUGCCUCUUGGACAUGUCAUGGCAGAAUUUUCAAAUAGUGGAUGGGUGCAUUGUGUUAGCUUUUCCGCCGAUGGAUCAAAACUUGUUUGGGUCAGCCAUGACAGUACUGUUUCUAUAUGUGACGCAGAAAAAAAUAUGGCGUUAAUUACUGUAAAAACCCAGUUCCUUCCCUAUCUUGCAUGUGCCUGGACUUCUAACUCCACUAUAGUCGCUGCUGGCCAUGAUUGUUGUCCGAUGUUAUUUCAAUAUGAUGGAAUGAAAUUAACGUUUGUAACUAAAUUAGAUAAAUCUCAGAAAAGAGAAGUUGAUGGAUUUAGUGCUAUGAGAAAAUUCCGUGACAUGGAUAAACGUGCCAUUGUUGAAAAUAGUGUUGAUACAUUGUUAGACACAAUUCAUCAAAAUGCUGUAACAAGCCUACAAAUCUAUGCUGGCUCUAAAACUGGUGUAUCUAAACUAUGUACAACAGGAAUUGAUGGUAAAAUGGUCAUAUGGAAUUUAAAAGCUCUUGCAGAAGCACUCCCCAAUGAUAUAUAGUUUGUCAAAGGAACAACACCUUCCCCCAUAUACCCUUUACUGGUGCUGCCAUUCGGAUAGAGACAAAUCCUCAUCUGGCAAUUGUUGAUUAUCAUCUAGUUGAUUGAAUUACAGAGUUAUAUUAAUAAUGAAUGAAAUGACCAAUCAGUAGGGCUGCAUUAUUCACAUUCUAAAAACUCAUUUGUAUAACUACUUUCCAAGUGGUGCAAUUAAAGUUUUUAUUUGAAUUGCAUGUCACUGGGCCACAGCCUGAAUGGAAAUUUAAUUAUGUUCUAGUCCGUUAUAUGACUUUAAAAAUAAUUAUAGAUUUUGUGGAGAUUCCCUGCCUAAGUAAAUUGCUUUCUUAUUUUUAUGUUAUACAAAAAGUGCCGAUUGUUACUUAGGGAUGACAACUAUAAUAAAUUUUUGAAAACAGAAGAAUUCUU